UGACUUCCAAGGCAGCCCUUGUCUUCACCAUAAGGCUUAUUCUUGGUUCUUAGCAUUUGCCGAUAUGACUUUGCUCCUUUUCUCCCUGAAUCAUUCUAGUUUUUGUCUUUCUCAAAACUUUCAAUUCCCCAAAAAGCCUUCCGUCUUUUCCUUCCUCUAAGGAAAAAGCUAUAACAUUCUGGUUUUCAUCUUUCACUGUACUUUCAGUACUCAUCAAAGAAAUGCCAUCGAACUGUUUCUGCUGUUUCCUCGCGCAAGAAGAACACCAGCAAGUCAAAACAAGGGAAAACAAUAAUAGGGACUAUCCAUGGGAAAUGUAUACGCUAAAGGAGUUGCUUCGUGCAACAAACAAUUUUCAUCAAGAUAACAAGAUCGGAGAGGGUGGCUUUGGAAGUGUGUAUUGGGGUCGAACAAGUAAAGGCAUCGAGAUUGCAGUGAAGAGACUGAAGACGAUGACUGCAAAAGCAGAGAUGGAAUUUGCAGUAGAAGUAGAAGUACUUGGAAGAGUGAGGCAUAAGAAUCUGUUGGGUCUGAGAGGAUUCUAUGCAGGUGGAGAAGAAAGACUCAUUGUUUACGAUUACAUGCCCAAUCAUAGCUUGCUCACACAUCUUCACGGCCAGCUCGCUUCAAGUUGUCAGCUAGAUUGGCCUAAACGAAUGAGCAUCGCCAUCGGAGCAGCUGAAGGCUUAGCGUAUCUGCAUCAUGAGGCGAGUCCUCACAUUAUACACAGAGACAUAAAAGCGAGCAACGUGCUUCUGGACACUGAAUUUCAAGCAAAAGUGGCUGAUUUUGGUUUUGCAAAGCUCAUACCUGAAGGUGUGAGCCAUCUAACCACAAGAGUCAAAGGGACUUUGGGAUAUUUGGCGCCAGAAUACGCCAUGUGGGGAAAAGUUUCUGAGAGCUGUGAUGUGUACAGCUUUGGGAUUUUGCUUUUGGAGAUCAUAAGUGCGAAGAAACCGAUAGAGAAGCUUCCAGGAGGAGUGAAAAGAGAUAUAGUUCAGUGGGUAACACCUUAUGUUCAAAAGGGUAUCUUCAAUCAUAUUGCAGAUCCAAAGCUGAAGGGUAAGUUUGACAUGGAGCAGCUGAAAUCUGUGGUGGUUCUGGCUAUGAAGUGCACCGACAGUAGCCCGGAGAAGAGGCCGAGUAUGGCAGAGGUGGUGGAGUGGCUCAAGGGCUGCAGCGGCGGCGGCGGCGUUGUGCGGAGGAGGAAGGAGAUUCCGGCCGUGAGGGACAACAAUAAUGGAGAAGUAGAAAACGACAAGAAUGAUAAGGACUAUGAAGACCUGGGAAAGAGGCAAUCCAUGUUGAGAAUACCAAGCGAUAGAUAUAAAAUAAGAUGAUAUUGCUUUGAUGAGUUCUGUGUUUGUGUGACAUUAAAUAUGGAUCUCGCUGUUCAUGGAGAGUGAAAUAUGGAAUUUUAUACUUCGGAGUUUGUGAGGUAUCUUCUUGGCUUUCACACCUUUUCUGAUGCUGUCUCGCCGAAUGACCGUACGACGAUGACUUCGUCUUGCAAUUAAUUCUAGACUUAGCUUAUUUCUCAAGGGAUAUAUUUGUGUAUGUUUAU